GUCGCCCGUAGACUCGAGAGUAGUAAAUCCGUUCAUUCACAGCUAGGAGAAGAGUGCGGGGCAGCGGAGACGGAAAUCUGACUGAAUGGGCUAUUAAAGAUACGGAUACUUUUUCAAGGAAAGGAAAAGAGAAAGAAAGCGAGAAAAGAAACAUGUUUUGCCUGUGAAAUGAAUCUUGAAGGAAGUAAGAGCUGCCGGGACGGACUGUGAGCAUCACAUCUUGUCUGUCCGUUACAUUGACUCUUUAUCUGUACAGAUCAGCGCUCGAGCGCACGGGGAGCGCACGGCAAAUAUGGAGUAUUUGUGAUGCUCAGAUUGUCCUUCCCAGUUUUUGUGUUUUGGGUCUAGUUUGUAAAGUUCUUCAAUGUGACCGACCGUCCAGACGCGUCUCCUCGCACUUCAAGCGGAUUGCAGCGCUUUUGGGGUGGUUUUAAGGACUGUUUGUACGGAUAAAGGCGGCUGAGGCGGACUUUAUAUUUGGGGGUGAUGGAGUUUCGCAGGACUUUAGAUGCGUUGCUCGUUGUGUUUGCCAUCAUCUGCUUGUCUCAAGGAUCACGGCCGAGGUUAGAAGAUGCCGCGCCACGGAUUGUCGAACACCCCUCAGACCUCAUUGUUUCUAAGGGCGAGCCCGCCACGUUGAACUGUAAAGCCGAAGGUCGGCCGACCCCUAUGGUGGAGUGGUACAAAGAUGGCGAAAGAGUCGAAACGGACCGUGAGGAUCCACGCUCCCACCGCAUGCUCCUCCCCAGCGGUUCCCUCUUCUUCCUCCGAAUCGUUCACGGAAGACGCAGCAAGCCUGACGAAGGAGUGUACGUGUGUGUAGCGAGGAAUUACUUGGGCGAGGCCGUUAGCCGUAAUGCCUCUUUGGAGGUCGCAAUUCUCCGGGAUGAUUUUCGACAAACCCCCAGUGAUGUGGUGGUGGCAGCAGGGGAGCCGGCAGUGAUGGAGUGCAUCCCUCCACGGGGCCACCCAGAACCCACUAUCUCCUGGAAGAGGAACAACGUGAAAGUGAACGACAAGGACGAGAGGAUAACGAUCCGUGGAGGGAAGCUGAUGAUCUCAAACACAAGGAAGAGCGAUGCUGGAAUGUAUGUGUGUGUCGGCACUAAUAUGGUUGGAGAGAAGGACAGCGACCCUGCUGAGCUUGUAGUGUUUGAGAGACCCAUGUUUGUACGCAGACCUGUGAAUCAGGUGGUCCUCGCCGAUGACACGGUGGAUUUUCAGUGUGAGGUUCAGGGAGACCCCACUCCCACCAUACGCUGGAGAAAAGAGGAAGGAGAACUGCCUCGGGGAAGGUUUGAGAUCCGUGCCGACAACAGCCUGCGUCUUACUCAGGUGAAGGCUGAAGAUGAAGGCUCUUACACCUGUUUAUCUGAGAACAGCGUGGGCAAAGCCGAAGCAUCCGGAACACUUCAGGUCCACGUGGGCCCAUCUCUUCCUCCUCAGAUCGUGGUGCGUCCGCGGGAUCAGAUCUCCGCCCAAGGCCGUACUGUCACCUUUCUUUGUGGAACGAAGGGAAAUCCCCCUCCUGCUGUGUUCUGGCAGAAGGAAGGCAGUCAGGUCCUGCUGUUUCCCAGUCAGCCACCUUCACAGUCAGGCCGUUUUUCCGUGUCGUUAAGCGGAGAGCUGACCAUUACAGAUGUGCACAGCGAGGAUUCUGGGUACUACAUCUGCCAGGCCAUCAGUGUGGCAGGCAGCAUCUUGACCAAAGCCCUGCUGGAGGUGGAAAGCACCCCAUCUGACCGGAUCCCUCCCAUCAUCCGCCAAGGACCAGCCAACCAGACACUCGCUCCGGGCACCACGGCCCAAUUGCAGUGUCACGUGAUGGGCAACCCUCUUCCGAGCAUCCAAUGGGAGCGCGACGGCCAGAGAAUCCUGGGCAACGACGAGCGCAUUAGCCUAAUGGAAAACGGCACUUUACAAAUCACAGCCCUGCAGGAAACGGACUCCGGGGCCUACACCUGUGUUGCCUCCAGUUUGAGUGGAGAGACGAGCUGGAGUGGUGUACUCACAGUAAAAGAGAGUGGCGGCCUCUCAGCACCCCCGGUUUCAGAGCCAUACCAGCUGCCCGGUCCACCCCAAAAGCCCGUCGUCACUGAUGUGACCCGUAACAGCGUGACCCUGACCUGGCAACCAAACGCGCACGAAGGCGGAGCGGCUGUCACCUCUUACAUCAUUGAGGCUUUUAGCCAAUCGGCAGGCAGUACUUGGCAGACGGUUGCGGAUUUUGUGAAGCUGGAGAAGCACACGGUCACGGGUCUGUCGCCGAAUACCAUCUACCUGUUCAUCGUGCGGGCGGUCAACGCUUACGGCCUGAGCGACCCCAGCCCCAUCUCAGAGCCUGUACGCACACAAGAUGUGAGUCCUACAGGUCAAGGUGUGGACCAUCGCCAGGUGCAGAGGGAGCUGGGAGAGAUGGCUGUACAGCUUCACGAGCCAACGCUGGUGACAGCAUCCAGCGUGAAGAUCAGCUGGAACGUCGAUCGUCAGUCUCAGUACAUCCAGGGUUAUCGUUUGCUUUAUCGUCCUGUCGGCGGCUCCUGGUCCCAGCAGGAAGUGAAAGCUGCAACAGAGCGUAGCGCUGUCAUCGCUAACCUGCUCAAAGGCACGGAGUACGAGAUUAAAAUACGACCCUACUUUAACGAGUUCCAGGGCAUGGACAGCCGCCCGCUGACGUUUCGCACGCCAGAGGAAGUUCCCAGUGCCCCCCCUCGUGCUGUAACCGUGGCAACGGUCAAGCUCAGCAACAGCUCAAGCAUCAGUGUAUCAUGGCAGCCUCCUCCCACUGAGAUGCAAAAUGGAGUCAUCCAAGAGUAUAAGGUUUGGUGUCUGGGUAAUGACUCUCAGACGCGCUACCACAUCAAUCAGACGGUGGAUGGAAGCGUGCUGACAACUUUAUUAAAGGGGCUUCUACCUGGUGUGUUGUACCAGGUGGAGGUGGCGGCAGUGACCAGCGCAGGAGUGGGCACACACAGCCAGCCCGUAUCUGUGCUUAUCAAAUUGCCUGCAGAGCAGCCUACAGUCACAGGUGGAGGCAGCGAAUCUGACGAGAAUGUAAGUCUGGCUGAGCAGAUCACAGACGUAGUGAAGCAGCCUGCCUUCAUCGCAGGCAUUGGCGGGGCAUGCUGGGUAAUCCUUAUGGGAUUCAGCGUGUGGAUCUACUGCAGACGGAAGAAGAGAAAAGAGCUCAGCCAUUACACAGCAUCAUUUGCAUACACACCUGCGGUUGGUUUCCCACAUGGAGAAAGUUCUGGACUUAAUGGACGGCCUGGUAUGCUGGGUGCUAACAUGGGAAAUUACCCAUGGCUGGCUGAUUCUUGGCCAACUACCAAUCUUGUGCACAACGGGAAAGACUCUGUGAACUGCUGUACAUCUAAACAUGACACCCCGGAGAGAUACUAUAAUGAGGCGGGAAUCUCUAAUUACCUCAACCAAAACGAGAAGUACAGCACAGACUCCAACGAGGGCCCGAUAUACAGCACCAUUGAUCCCACCAGCGAGGACCUGCGCAGUUUCUCUGCUCAGUUCUCUCAGCAUACCACUCCCUACGCAAGCACUCCCAUCAUGCCUUUCACCAACCAGGCGCCCUGCAGCCCUGAACAAGAUGGCAGCCACUGGAUGACUCAGCCUGGAACCUCCAAUGCUCAGUAUGCCCAGCCAGACCGCUCCAAGACUGAUAAUGUAAAACAGCCAAAGCAGAAGUUAAUGGGGAAGCCAGUGAAAACGCCAUCUCUCAACUGGAUGGAUGCGUUGCCACCACCACCUCUCUCUGGAGAUCUAGACGAGUGUGAAGAGGAAGAUGAUAAUGAACUAAUCCAGGACAUGGGGUCUGAUGAGGAAGAGUGGUGUCCUCCUCUUCCUGACAGGACUUACCUCAUGGAUGGCGUGAUGGAAGACGGUCCCGCUCCUCCUCCUAGAGGAGAGGCUUCUUCCCCCACCACAUCCUACAGCCACCAGUCCACCGCCACCUUAACCCCGUCUCCCAGAGACGAUGGCCACUGCCACGAUAUACCACGCUUGCACCAGCUGGAACAGCCACAGAUAGCACGCCGGUUGCCUUGUGGACCUGUGCCUGUGCCACGAGCACCAAGCCCGCCUCUAACCCAGUCCAACCCAAACCUGUCGGCCAAUCAGGAGUGCCCUGACAACACUGUGCCACACCGCUCAGCGCACAAACGGGAUCUGAGCCAAGGAGCUGCCCAAAGUGUAGAGAACAUCAGCAACACCACACCAGGUCGAGCGAGGCCCUCUGUGGACCACACACCGCCUGGGCAGAAGUCCAAAGUGAAGAAGAAAACCUCCAAGAGCGGUCAAUACCGAAGAGAUAUACUGCAAGGCGAUCUGCCCCCUCCACCAGAGCCGCCUCCUGAAGAUGAGGUGGACUGUGCUCAAGUAGGGGGAUUCGAAUGUGGGCAGACGUCCCUCGAGAGAGUGGGCAGCUCCCAUUCCUCCAUGGAGAGGAGAGAACAGGGCACACCCAAUCGGAAAAACUCCUCUCAUAGACGAAUAGACGCAGAAGAUGAUUUAAUCCCGUACAACAAGCCCAACUUCCUGUCUCGGGGUCAGAUGUCCAGCAAUUGCUCCACAACAGGAAGUUCAUCAUCACGGGGGUCAACAGGAUCACGGGGGCACGGAACGGGCAGGAAGAGAAAUGAUGAGAUGAGAUAAGGGAAGGCUGUGAGACGCAGGAAGUUUGACUUAGACAUCCCUCUGUUUUUGUUCGGAAGCUGAAGUGAAGAACCGAAGAGAAGCGGAAGAGUGUACAGAUUUCAGAACGUGAAUCUGGGACUUUUGAUUAUGUUAUUAAUUAUUGUUAUUAUUGUUAUUUAUGACCUUCAUGGGGGCAUUUUUCAUCACGCUGUCACUGUAAAUAAUCAUCCGUUGAAGCUUUUUACAUGGGGUCCAGAUGCCAGGAAAGAAGAGUAUAUUGUAUUUAUACAUGAAAGAAGAAAUGAAAUCAUGUUAAAAGCUCCGAUAUUAUAGAUAAGUUAAUGUCUGAAUGUGCCAACCUCUUGUAGAAAUGUAUACAGCAGCAUUUCAAAGCAUAAUAAUAUUGCACUCUCGUUGUGUUGGAGAACAACAACAAAAAAAAAAAUAAAAAAUAGAAAGCACAAUAUGUGUUGUUUGACCAGCCAGCUAGACAGCCAGCCUCACGACCUAUCUGAGCCGAGGACGCUUCUGUCUGUCCGUCUCGUCUCUGUCUGUGGAUCCCCGUCGUUGCGGUCACAAGAGAAUGUGGUCUUUUUUCCCCCUCUUUCUUUUCAAAGCCAAGAGAGUGUCAUUUGACGACUGUUGUGAACGAUUGUACUUGUCUUUUUUUAAGGAGUGUUUUGGAGAUGUGAGGAAAUGUAUUUCAUUCAAAAAAAAUACCAAAAUUACGUUCCUUUGACUAACUUUUUGGUAGUCCUUGUUGUUUUGUAUAAAUAAAAUACAUUUGCUGAGCUAUGAA